CUACAGCAAUGCUCAUAUGGUCACGUUGGUCAGUCGCUCUCACGAUAAGGACCAGGGCGGCAAACCCAGAUGCUCGGUUUUUCGGUUCGGUUCGGUUUCUCAGUUUCGUUUUGAAAGAUUUUAAAAGGCGUGUUAAGGUCAAGCAGGCAUAUCUUUUGCUGCGUCGCCGCGUUGGCUUAUAUAUUCAAGCAUGGUAUUCAUCUCCGGAUGCAGUACCAAGCUCCCGACCACCACCACCACCACCACCACUGCCCAAGCUCAGGACAAGAUCCAACCACUUCUUCCACACACGCACACCCACACACACCAGUAGCGAUCUCAGAGAUGGAAUUCACGGCUGUGCUAAUCAAGAUUGUGGGCUUGAUCUCGGAGGCCUGCCGCACCGUGGAGAAGCUGCCGGCGGCGCUGAUCACGAGCGGCAUCGUUCAAGCUGCAGCCGCGCUCGCGGUCGCCGCCUUCAAGUCACCGUCAGGUAUUUUCAUCGGUCAUGGAAAGGCGCCCUUGUACCUGUACUACGGCAUCCUCAUCGCCGUCAUACUCUUUGGAUUCGUCGAGGGUUCUGCCGGCUUCUACGUGUCAGGCGAUGUGACUCGGCGGCGCGCCGUCGGGAUGACAAUUCUUUGGAUUUCCAUUUUGCCCAUUGUCCUUGUGGCUGGGCUUGGAGGCUUCGUCAUCUUGAAAUAGUAGCUAGUUGCAGUCUUGCAGACCCUAUCGUAUUUC